AUGCCGCAUCCGCGACUCUGUUGUCUGCGAAUAGAUGAAGAGUACUCGGGAUUUGGUUUUUCUUUGGUAGCUACAAAAAAUGAAACGGGACAAUUUAUUGACGAAGUAAGAAGUGGGUCACCUGCUGCAAGAGCUGGCCUGAAAGAUGGUGACUUUGUCGUUGAAGUCAAUGGCGAAAACAUACUGUCUCUGUCACACUCAGAAGUUGUUGAACUUAUCAGAAAAAACCCAAACGAGGUAUCCUUUCUUGUUCUGGACCCAGUGUCGAGGCGUCACUACGACGAGUGCUCUGUUGUCGUUCAUGGACAGUUGCCCGAAGUACAGCGCAUAUGCUCUUGGUCUGAUACCUCCUGCACAUCUCCGAAAGUGUCUGGUAAUAACUUAGCCUUGAAAUGUUCUCUUCUAAACAGGAACAUGCCCCCCCCACAUCUAGCUAUUUUGACUUUUUACAUUCUGUCAUCUCUUUUUAUGUUCUACAACCUGUAUAUUAUAAUUUUUCUCGAACUAUAA